AAAAUACAUCCACCUCUUUGUGUAAGUGGCCUGAGAUGAUCUCUGAAAUGGUUCACUACUCACUUGACCCGGAAAACCCGACAAAGUCAUGCAAAUCAAGAGGUUCAAAUCUUCGUGUUCACUUUAAGAAUACACGGGAAACUGCCCAGGCCAUCAAGGGCAUGCAUAUCCGAAAAGCCACCAAGCAUCUGAAACAUGUCACUUUGCAGAAGCAAUGUGUGCCAUUCCCACACUACAAUGGUGGGGUUGGUAGGUGUGCCCAGGCCAAACAGUGGGGCUGGACACAGGGUCGGUGGCCCAAGAAGAGUGUUGAAUUUCUACUGCACAUGUUUAAAAAGGCAGAGACUAAUGCUGAACUUAAGGGUUUAGAUGUAAAUUCUCUGGUCAUUGAGCACAUCCAGGUGAACAGAGCCCCCAAGAUGUGGCAUAGAACUUACAGGGCUCAUGGUCAGACUGACCCAUACCUGAGCUCUCCCUGCCACAUUGAGAUGAGCCCCACAGAAAAAGAGCAGACUGUUCCUACACGAGGAGAGGAAGUUGCACAGAAGAGAAAGAUAUCCCAGAAGAAACUGAAGAAACAAAAACUUAUGGCCAGGGAGUAA